GAAACCUUUUGUCGACAUCGUUUUACCGGAAACGGGUGUAUGUCACCAUAACCAGAUACAUCAGACCAUGUUCGAAAAUGAUUUAGCGGCCGACUGAUAACAAGACAAUGGUGUUCCAAAACAAGGGAUUGAUAUUUUGUGUGUUGGUAACCUUGGUGAUUUUUAUCAAGAGUGAAGCACAAGAACCGGAACCUAGAGCGUUUUUGAAGUGUCCAACCGCACGUGCAGCCACCUUUAUGUACUUCGCAGAUAUUUGGACGAAAGUGCCAGAACCGAACACGAAGUACGAUUCUCUGAACUGUGGAAACGUCAAGAUACUACACGGUGAUUUGAAAGGAAAGUGUGGAGUAUGUGGUGACUAUUACUAUGGACCUCGGCACAACGAAGUUCCGAAUGGAAAGUACGCCGCCAUACGAAAGCCCACUUACAUCUAUCAAGAAGCCUCGGUCAUCAACGUAACCGUAGAGGUAUCUGAAAACGGCAACGGCGGGUACUAUAUCUUCAAGCUUUGUAACCCGAAGAAUGCAUUUGAGGAAACACAGGACUGCUUUGACGAGACCGUUUUAAGUUUGGCUAACUCUCCCCAGAUAAAGGAGAUACGCGUACCUAAGGUGAACGCUUCUAAUGAUAUCGUGGUCCCUCUGCAGCUACCGAGGAAAUUCCACUGUAAAGUGUGCACCAUGCAGUGGACGUGGGUCACGAACGUGGAUGAGGGUUGCGAAGUUGUGAACGGUAAACACAUUUGUGGUGAAGGUCACGGCCCGCAGACGACACUUGUGAACUGCGCCGACAUCUCGAUAAUUCCUAAAAACUUGAAUGUUCCAGGGAAUUUUCCUUGGCCUGAUUUCACAUCCAAAUAUGACAGCUUGGCCCACAAGGACGAUACACAUCCUAAAUUCACAAUAAACACGCCAUUACCACCCUUAGUAGUAGACAGAUUGAAGGAAGGCGGUAAUAAGUUACCUAAGAAUUCGAACAGAAGACGUAGGCCUCGACCUCGGAUUCUCAUUUACCCUAAACCAGAAAGUACCAAACCAGAACCACAGGAGCCGACGAAGCCAGACAAGACAGACACAUCCUACAAGGAACCCGAAGCACAGACUACCACAGAAACCCCGAUUGUCAUUGGCAAAGGAAAAUACAAGAAAUCUAUUGGAGGACUAGCAGCUGUUGGUCUACUACAAUUCUUAAUACCCAGCGGUCUUCUUCUAGGUCUUGGUGGAAUGUUGUUUGACCGCAAAGACGAACGAAGAAGACUAAAUCAAUUCCCUGUUGCACAACCAGGGAUGGUAGUUGGCAUAAGUCCGGUGGCAGCCGAACAGAGAGUUCUAAUUGGGGAACCCGUGGCCGCCGGGGGACUAGCAGGUGCAGCAGGUGUUCCAGUGAAUCCUGUGCCUAUUGCUGGGUUGUCUCCAGUUCUUACUGGAAUGAAUAUUAAUGACGCACAUAUACAACAACUCAUCCCUCUUAUUCCUGUUAUAUCUACUCCAGAAGUAUCUCAGCUGAUUCCCCAGUCUUUCCCAGACAAUAGUAGAUUACGUGUUCUCCUACCACUCAUCGCAGAACGCCGACACCUUGUGCAAAUUUUCCCACAAUUCAGUCCUCAGCAGAUAACACAAAUGCAUCUAAGGUAUUAUACAAUGCAAAGACAAGCUGCUCUAAAUGGCGGGAUUCCAGGUUUAGGUGGAGCAAAUCAAGGUCGGGUUGGUAUCGGUGGUAUGAUACAAGGUCAAGGCGGGGUCAUGGGAGUGGCUAACAUGAACACUGUUCAGAAUGUAAAUGGCAGAACCGGGAACCAGUGGUAUUACAACAGUUUCCAAAAUAAAAAUUCUGGAUUUUUCGAAUUGCCUCAAGACCAUUCCUUUUCGAAUGGCACUUUGACGACCAACUACUUGAAACCUUCUAGAGGAGAUCUCGCUAAUCCCGAGAUUGAGUUUGAUAGAGAACCAGACGUACUCAUUGAAAGAGAAAGCCGCAAGAAAAUGUCACCUUACAGCAAGAAUUGUCCGCCAGUGGAGCAGAUUUGCAAAAGCAAGUUCACAAUAAAAGAUGCAACGAUCUAUGGAGCGGUUUCCAUUAUGGAAAUGAUAUGUGAAAUAGAAUGCAGCAAUGGAAAACAAUCUUGUCCAGUUGAUAUUUGUAUGUGUGCUUGUCCCGAGAUCGAUGACGAGUCUUUAUUUGAUAUGAUGGGAGUUUUUGAUAAGAUAUAAAAUAAAUAAAUAAUUGGAGUAUUUGGCGAUACAGCAUCUACUUUUGACAAAUUCGAUAGCACAAUGAUUUUCCAAAAUCCAUCGUAUUUCCCCGUCAUCAAAAUCCAGUCUUUCCGGUAUCGCGUUCAAGUAAUUAUUUCUUAUAGUCCACUGUAUUGCAAUAUUUGUUUGUUUUUUCACAAUAAAAAUAUCAGAGAGCA